ACACACUUCACCCGUGCGAAACAGCACUUCAGGGAGAAAAACUAAAGCGUUUUUCUUUUCUUUUUGUUUUUCGCUCAUAAAACGCUUUCGCCGCGACUGACUUUGUUUAAAAAUAGUUGUCUUGGGAUACCUCCUCUGUGCCGCUUCGCUGCGAGAAGGAAGUGGCGGAGGGGGUAGGCCUUUGUUGAGCACAUAGAGGUUCGCAGCAGUGCGAGUUACAUCCGCGAGAUUGCUAAGUUUGUCCUGUUUUGUCCCCUCUUUUGAACGGUAUCUUUUUUUUUUUUAUACUUUCUUUUUGUAUGCCGCCCCUUUCCCUUUCGUGCCUCCGCUGCAACCCUUCCUGGAACUGAGAAAAAGGGGGAAGAGUCGAAGCGCGUACUUCUUUAUCUGAGGAGCUGUCCACAUCCGCACUAAACAUAGGGACAACCAAAGUGCCGCUAGCAUAGCCGCAUUUUUCACAAGAGAAGGAAAAACCAUGUGCCAUGAAUACCGUUAAGUGCUAUGGGCGUUUUUUCCCUGCUUCCCAAUUAGACAAUGACCGACUGGAAGAAAAGAAAUUUUUAAAAAGGGAACUAAUUCUGACCAAAAUGUAUGGAGAGAAAAUAUCCAAUUUGAAGAUUUACAAUGAUAUACUUAAAAAGAGGAUAAGGAAUUUAGCAGAUGGGGUGAAUAACUUAUUGAUUGUUUUUAGCAAUCAGGAGAAGGACGCAGCCAUGUUAACUGUAGGGGAUGGAAACACAUCCUCUGGGAUUCUUUUCUACCUCAUCAACGAUUUGGUGCAUGUCAAUCGGUCCAACUGUAAACUCCUUAUCACGUUCAGCCAUUUUGAAAUUGUCAGAAAUAGGGUGAAUGAUAAAUUGAAGAGGUAUAUCCUUCCUCAGAGCAACAUGGUCGACGUUGGCAUCUGUUUGGGAUGUGAGAGCGGAGACGACGACUGGGUUAGCAGCACGAGGAGAGCUCACAAGGAGGUUAGACCCUUCAGUGGAUGCCCCUCAGAAGCUGAAAGGGAUGAAUAUCAUCAAAAAAAAGAACCUUCCCAUGGUGGGCACUCAGAAAAAAGGGAGGCAAGAAAACCCUGCGGGAUGUUCACCCAGUGGGAAGAUAACCGACUGGCUAACUCGAAUACCCGCUUUAAUGUUGACAGUUUUGUAAAAGGAAAGAAAAACGGAAAGUACCGAAGGAGACACACGAAGAGGAGAAGUAAGGGGGAGUGGGACCCCAGUGCUGUGAGAAAGGUGUACCUAAGUGGGGAGAAUAUACGGCAUGUCUUUAAAAUGCUAUGUAGAAAAGGGAGGGGCAAAUCCCGGGGGGGCUUGCGCGAUGAGGUGACCUACGAGGUUGUUGAGUUCGGCGCGGAGAUGGCGCCGGGGAGGGGUCUAGACGUGUCCAGUGGGGGGAGCCAUUCCGGUGGAGGAAGCCAUUCCGGCGUAGGCAGCAAAUCGCCCAUUUGUAACAAGGCGCCCGUUUCCACCUGCUCCGUAACCAUCAUCGUAGUUAACAACGUGAAAGGGGCGGACUCCUUAGAAGCCUUCCUCUCCCGCUUCUGCGAGCUCUUCUUAAAAAGGAGAGGAGACGCGCAUCGCCGAAGAGACCCAAAAUUGACCUGCGAAAAAGAGCACUCACUUAUAAUUAGCUAUUUGUCCAGUUUGUACAAACUGCCUCCCUUAAGAGGAAGCCCCACGGGGGUGAAUUGCCUCCCCUUUGAGCUAAACUUUUUGUACAUUUCCAGCAAUUUUAAGAAGUACAGAACAGCUAGCGAAUUUAUUUAUGCCCAAUUAAAACGCCUGAACGGGUCAGAAUAUUUUGCACAACCGAAUGAAAAAAUGGAGUAUCUAAAAAGUGGAUUUCACAAAGUGGAUGAAAAUAUCUACGCAGUUAGAAGUCUGCUGAGUUAUUACGCAAAGUUGGAGACACACGGGGGAGAAAUUAACCGGAGGGUCGCUAACUUGAGGAAUUACCUGACCAUAUUAGAAUCGUCUGUAAUUGGGGGAGCGAGAAGAAGGGACCACCCCGCAUGGACUGAAAAUAGAAUCAAUAGCGUUUUAAACCUUUGCAGGAGCAGCACAUCCGAAUCGGGUGAACGUACCCUAGUAGAAACAAACAAUUCGUGUUGUCCAGAAAAGGAACAAUUUUUCUUUUCUAACAAGGACGAUGAAGGAGAAAAACAGCAUGGGGGCAAAUACGAAGAUAGGGGGACAUCCCCAAGAAGUACACAGAUGAGGGACAACGCGAAAGGGGAGGGCAAUCAUUUAAGGAGUGUAAAAAAUGUAAGGGAGGUAAAAAAAGGAAAGCAUAAUCCGGGUAAGAUACACUUAAAAUUGAGUUUGUACAGAAGGGGGAGAACAAAUCUGGUUGGCAGUGGGGAUCACUCUAGAACAGACACUGACUGCUCAAGUGGGAAUGCAAAUUUAGAAAAAUCCAACCAACAAUGUUAUAAACAUAUGAGGGAGAAACAGAACAAUGUGCCACACAAUUCUUGCAAGAAAAAGGAAGGGAUCAUUUUUGUAGACCCUAAUUCGGACAGAAAAUGUAUCCCCUUCAAAUAUGAAUCUCGUGGAACCUACUCACACUGCGCAAAGAAUGAUUCUUCAAAAUGUAGGGUAAAAAUUUUUUUCCCGAGUGACGAGGGUUUACUUCGUUUCCCCCAAUUGGAUAGAACUAACUAUGAUCCUAUCCCUAGAGGAAGCACCCCUAAGCAGAAUUUUGUACCCACAAAUGGAAUGAACCCAAAAAGGACCCAUUCACCAUGUAUAGACCCGUUCAGCAAUACCAUGGAGGUGGAGAACCUAUGCGAUAGGGCCAUUGGCAGUCAUAAGGGGAAGGAAAAGAAAUUCCUGCCCUGUGAUAUAUUUGGCAUGGCCUACUCGAAUGGGUCAGCUAGUUCAUGUGAGGAAAAGGAGAACCAUCUCGAAUCCGUUCUGCACAACAUCGAACAGAAUAGAAAUUUCCUGAAAAGCAUUUCCACCUUAAAUUCGGAUAUGAAGAAGGGCAAGAAAAAGAUCGACAGGCGGGCGAAGAGCUUGUUCGAGCAAGUGGACCAGUGCCUAGGGGGAGACAUUCACGGCGGCGAGGGCAGAGCAGGGUUGGAAAAGCAGGCAAAGCGGCAGGAGAAGCAGACGAAGCGGCACCAUCUGGGACAGCACCCGAACGCAACAAUCCAAGGGGUGCGAUCAAAUGGAGAACCUCAAACGGGUAGACAAGCUGGGAAGCAGAAAAGAACGAAGAAGGACUAUACAUGUGUAGAGAUGGAGGUAGAAGGAGGGCCCAAAAAAUUAGCCCUACAAGAAUGUGCCAAAUCGAAGCUAACAGGUGGGAAGAACCAUCUGAGCUGCUCUGGAAAAGGGGACAAAUCUGGAAAGUCUAGGAACAGCAUCGAUGGGAACAGAAAAAUGGAAAACUCAAAUAAUAGGCUAACUUCGUCCAUGUGGGGAGGAAAAGGGACGAAUAAAUUUGAUGACUCGGAUGAGGAUCUCUCAAAAGCUGGCCCCACAAGUGAUCCUCUGGACACCCAGACACAUCACUUCUCUAUCGAUAGAACAAAAGUGGAUAUUAAAUCCAAGUGUGGAAAGUUCCCCGCGGAAAGACUAAGUAGUAAGCACAUCUUCGAUAAAGCAGCUAAGCGAACUAAUAAAUUGCCUGACAAAGGAGAAGAAAAAAAAACGAAAAAUUGUGUGGAACACCCUGUCCACUUAAAUGGUUGCAAAAUAGAUAAAAAGAGCGUAGAACGUAUUUGCUCCCCUCCCAAAAGAAGGGGUUCCAUUUUGGCUUUAGAUGCAAACGAAUUAGGCCCUCUCCAUUCGAGUAACCAUUGGUUAGGUCAAAUUGGAGGUAGCAUAAAAAACGAAAUCAAAAUGGAAGAAAAUAAGCGGAGAAUGGAGGAGGAUUUACCUUUUGAAAAGCGCACUAAUUGCAGUGGUGACCACAUUUUUAUGCUCGGCGGAGAAUUGCAAAGUGGGGGGCCAUCCAGCAUAGCUGAAACUGGCGCACCUACACACGUUUCGUAUGGCAAGGGUGAUGGUAGGGGAGAAAACACAAUUGAGCAGGUGCAGGCGCAGGAGGAGAAAGAGGAGGACGACGACGAAAGUCAUGUGCGCCCGUCGAACGAAAGCGUAUUCUCAUUUUCAUCAAAGAAUAGAAACGAGCCGAGUAAGGACAACCACUACUGCAGCAGUCAAGCCACCGACGAUGAUCUAAUGAGUGGUUGCACAUUAGACGGAGAAACGAUCAGGGCAGUAUCGCCAAAUGGAAUAAAAAAUUACCAAAUAAGGGGCUCUAACGGAAUGGCGAAGAUGAGAAAAAAACGACAAAACAGUAGGUGCGAUUGUCCAGAUAAUGAAAUCGUGACGGUGGCUAGUUCAGGCCCUCAAUCGACAGGAGAACGCAGCAGUGUUAGCGAUUCCUGCGAAGAAGAACUGAAACAAAGCAUUAAAAACUAUCAUAAUCAUUUUAAAAAGCUGCUAAAAACGCAUAUGAGUUUUCUACAGAAAAAGUGCGUAGACGAUAACAACGAUUUGGAGCUUCUAAAAAAGAUAAAAUUUGCAAAGGGGGUACUACGCGAGUACAACAAAGUUUUGGGCCGCAGUUGGAAUGGCAAUCAUGAGCAGAGUGCACUUCUUCGAAAAGUUAUUUCAAACGGAUGGGGAGUCGGCGAGGCAAUGCUUGAGCAACACUGCAGGAGGUGUCACUGUGGUAGGUACUCAGAAUGUUUGGACAGGUGCAAAAAUUGCAAAGAUGGAUUUUUAAGAAAAAAAAAUAAAACAACUGAUAGUGAAGUGGUGCGAAAAGGAGUUCCCCCCAGAAGCGAUGAUGGGAAUGAGGACGGAGGAAUCUGCCUGACGGAGGGUCAAAUGGGUCUUACUGCCUUUUACGGAGAUCUGAGUGAGGAAGCGGGUGCGAAUGGGAUGGAACACACCGAAAGGGGUAGUGUCGAGAGGGGUACUGUUCCACACAGCAUUGGUAAAAGUAUUGACGUCGGUGAGAAGACCCCCCAUAGAGGCAAACCCAAGGAGAGCAAUCAUGGCAAUAGCGACCACGCUGGCAAUUUUGACGAGGGAGAAAUUCAAAGCAGUUACACCCCAGCGGGGGAAUAUUUCCAAUGGGAGGAGCCCCAACUAGGCGUCAGUACAAACACAGAAGAAAACAUAUCCGGUGAAAAUGAUAGAAAUGUUAAUGCGUCUGCACAGUAUUAUGAAGAAAAUAGCCCCACUGAUGAUCCUCCUCAUAAAGGAAACGUCAUCACGAGUGACCCAAAUGGUAUUUACAAUGAAUAUGAGGAAGAACCUUUUGGGGAAGAAGAAAGGAGCGCCUUACAGGUUGACCAUUUAGACGAGUUACAAAAUGGAAGACGUGCCAACUCACAGGGAAAUUCCCCCUCAGAAACUUGUGGCUGGGAAAACCCUCCUCCCAGAAAUGGAGAUAACGAGGAAAAACGCAACAGUGGAAGGGGAGAAGCAGACAGAAUUGGACAUGUGAUGGACGAGGACAUGCCCAAAAGUGACAUGGAGGGAAACUUACAUACGGGAGAAUUAUUUGCGCAGAAAAGUUUCAUUUCCAAGUGGGACGAAGAUGAAGAUGAUGUGGUAGAGGACUCCUCCUUCAUGAAGAUGGCAAACAAUUCACCUGACUGUUCAGGCGAAAAAACAACUCUACAUAGCCACGCAGUUCUCCGCAAAAUAAGGAGAAAAAGAAAAGUGCUGAAAAGGGGCAUACAGGAUGAGGCAAACAAAUUAAACGGAUUUUCCUCAAAAAAGAAGAAAUUAAUGUCCUUCAUUUUGAGGGCCAUAGAAAGAGGCGAAAAGGAUGAAGAACUCAUCGCCAUUGUAAGAAGUGCGAUUUUUAAGCUGGAAUAUUUUGAGCAAAAAAAAAUAAGCAAAUUGAAGAGGAUGGAAAGGGAAUUUGAAAAGUUAACUCAUGUGGAGGAAAAAAUGGUCAGUGAUUUUCUCAUGAGGAAAAGUCAAUUUAGCGGGGAAAAAAAUAAAGGGGGAGAACUGCGCAACAGAACUGCAAGGUGCGAAAAUAGCCACGAGGGGGAAGACGACAACAACGUUUACCAGACGCGUGGCAGCCAUUUGGACGAAAAGAAAAAUAAAGACGCACACGGUGAUGAAGACGAACGAAGCGAUAAAAAUGUGGAAAACCAUUUUCACAAAAAAUCGCAAAAGGAUCACCCAACCAGUGGGAAAGCAAAAAAUCGAUUGCAUUUUCCGAUUUGUGUGUAA